AUGGUUCACUAUGAUAAUUCUGGACUGUCCAACGAAGAACUGAAAACCAUGGAUCAAGCCCAUUUCAUUGAACAAAACGGAAGAGAAGGUGAAGGUCGUGGCGGUGGUGAAGGAGGAUAUCAAAUCUAUGUUUUAAUAGAAGAAGAUGAUGGUGGUGAUGGUGGUGGUGGAGGAAGAUACCAUAUCUACAAUGAUGGUGGUGGCGGCAGCGAUGAAGGAGAUUGUGUUGGUUCUGGUUCGAAUGAUAAAUUAAAAUCAGUCAUGAAGAUAGUGGUGGUUCUGGUUGUUGUGGUGUUGGUGGAGAUUCCGUGUGCUGCUGGUGGUGGUGGUGGUGAUGGUGGUGAGUUACAAAGCAAAGAAAUUGAUGCUACUGUUGGUAUUGCAGGAGUUGGUGGUUUUGGAAGAAUGAGAACAUAUUGUUGGGGUCAAGAAGCUACAAAACAUAUUGAAGGAUGUUACCGUGAAAUUGAAAUGGUUAGGGUAGUUAUUGUUGCUAAGUUUUAUAAUGCAACUGGUACUAGUGGUCUGGCAUUGCAGGAAAUGGAGUUGAAGUUGUAA